AUCAUUAACAAAAACGUCUUAUUAGGUAGCUGUGAGACAACUUCAACUAGAACUGGCUGAUGCCCUAAAAAAACAAUCUAUGUCAGAGGCUUCACUGGAGGUUUCAUCACGUUGCCGUAUUAAUUUAGAAGAUGAGACACAGGAUUUGAGGAAGAAAUUAGGUCAAAUCAGAAGUCAGUUGCAAAAAGCACAAGAUCGACAUGCAGAGGCUGUAAGAGGUAUUGAGAUGUCGAAAGAUCACGUGCAAAAGCUUGAAGUUGAAAAUGCCAAGUUAAAAGUUACAGUCAAAAAACAAGCGGACAAAAUUGAACAACUUCAGAAAAACCUGUUAAAAAAAAUAAUGAUGAAAAUGUAA